AUGGACAACGGCGGAGAGGGCGUUUUAGAAAAUAUAAUACACAAUGACGGCGAACCUCCCACCCACCUGAAUAUUAGUGAUGUCAUUGAGGCGAUUACGAAGGCGGAUCCGGUGUACGCGGGCGUAGACGCGAUGUCGCGGCCACCCGCAUCGCUGGGGGCGCAGCCCUAUGUGAGGAUCGUCGAGCAGCCGGCCAGCAAAGCCCUCAGGUUUCGUUAUGAAUGCGAAGGUCGGUCCGCGGGUUCGAUACCCGGCGUGACCAGCACUCCCGAGAAGAAAACUUACCCCACGAUAGAGAUAUGUGGCCACCGGGGACCGGCGAUCAUCGUUGUCUCCUGCGUGACCAGGGAUGAACCAUUCAAGGCACACCCCCACAAUCUGGUGGGUCGCGAUCGUUGCGACAAAGGCGUAUGCACGGUGAAGACGAACCUCGCCGAGGACAAUCGCAUCUCGUUCAGCAAUCUAGGAAUUCAAUGCGUCAAACGGAAAGACAUAGCCGAAGCGCUCUCUACCAGGGAGAAACUGCGCGUCGACCCCUUUAAGACCGGCUACAGCCAUCGGAACCAGCCGCAGACGAUAGACUUGAACGCGGUGCGGCUCUGCUUCCAAGUGUUCAUCCCGGACGAGCGCACGGGCAAGAUCCGGCACUCGCUGGCGCCCGUCGUCUCCGACAUCAUCUUCGACAAGAAGGCCAUGAGCGACCUCGUCAUCAUGCGCCUCAGCCACUGCUCGGCGCCUCCGCAGGGCGGCCUCGAGAUGUUCUUGCUCUGCGAAAAGGUGGUCCGGGAAGACGUGGCCGUGGUAUUUUUCCAGAAGGACGGCGAUAUGAUCGUGUGGGAGGAGAACGCAAACAUUCUGCUGGUGCACAAGCAGUAUGCGAUCGCCUUCAACGUGCCGCCUUAUAGGAACCAGACCAGCUCGCAUCACGUGCAGGUUUACAUCCAACUAAAGAGGAUCUCAGACAACGCUCGGAGCAAUCCCGUGCCCUUCGAGUACAUCCCCGACUUCCAAGGUAUUCCGGCUGCGAGAAAACCGCUGCCAGACCUCGCCGCUAUCGCUGCGUUGCUUCACAAACCCGACGGAAACAAUAACACCAACACACAAGACACAAACACACACACAGAACACACCGACUCGCCGCAAGUCACUUCCACUUCUGACGUCAUCGACGACGUGAGCGGCAUCGAGAAUGGCAUCGGCGACGUCGAAAAUAUCGACAUCGAUGACGGUGACGUCAUCGAUUGCGAUAUCGACGAACCGCACACGAACGGCGUUCUAGACAACGAACGAAGCCUCAACGACUUGCUGGAACAGGUGGCCGAACUCGACGAAAUAUAUUCCGAGAAUCGAACGCGACUCGAAAACAUCACUAUCGUUAACGACGCGGAGGACGUCGACGUCGAUGUCGACGAUUUCAACGACGCGGGGACCUACACUAGCCUACAGUUAGCGUUUAAAAAUCCCGUUACCAUCGCCGAGCCGGAACCGUAUGAAGAUGUGCAAGUGCAAACGUUCCGCGGUCCGAUUAUCGAAUUCACGCCACUCAAAGGGGGCGACGACGACGAGAGGGCGCCGCCGCUCCCGCCCAAACGGGUUCGAAAGAAUUCCGACGCGUUCAAAACCAGUCAGACAUCUGUCAAUAGCAUAUUGAAACCGGGGCGCAAAUUACCCGUCACGCGAAACCCGGACAUGCUAUCGCCGCGCGGAGAGUUGACGGUCGCGAAGAGUGAACCUGCGUUACCGCCGCCGCCCAAAAAGCGUUCUUUCUUCUCUCGUCUUUUCCGUCGCAAAGAGAAAUCUCCCGCGCCCAGCGUGAAGUCUGAGGGUCAGAAGGAAGUCAAGAGCAAACCGGUCGGUCGCUCUGUUAGUUCCGUGUCAGGAAUCCGUCCCUCCAAAUUCAAAUCGGCGGUAUCUCAUACGUCUCUCAAAGACAACGCGUCCGCUACGGGUUUGAGUUACGCGGAUAGUGUCACCCACAUCUCGCUUCACGAGGAUAUGGACGAUAAGUCUUCGCAGAGGUCGCUCAAGCGCCCGGCCAGCUUAGCGCCUCUGCCGCCCACGGACGGUGGCACCAUCCUAGUGGCCGAGAGCGUGUUGGCGUUGGACGCGUCCGCGUUUAAAAAACUGCAGGACGACCUGGACCUCACAGAGGCGGAACACUACGCGUUGUAUAUGGCGGUCGCUCCGCACGCGACCGCCUCGGAAUUUGACGAGACCAGUUGCUAUUAUUCGCCGGUAGAUGGCAAUUCGAGUUAUUUAAAACAUAAGAGACAGAAAACCUUAAACCCUCUGCAUCAAUAUGAUGACAGAAACUAUGCAGAUCAACAAAUCAAAUCGGAACCCAGAGACAAAACACCUCCCCAUCAGAUGAACAGUCCGCAAUAUGCCGUUCAGGAGAAUUACCAGCACUGGAACAUACAAAACAUCCCAAACGUCCUCGAACCAAAUAUGAUGGCCGGUUCGUACCAGCAAGAGAUGCAGUGGGGCCAGAACUACGUCCAGCUCUCGCCCAGCGAACCCUCCAUGUCCCCCAACAUGAUGUCGCCGAUGCACGUGGGCGCAGCCAUGUCGCCCGUGGGCCGCGUCUCGCCCAUGUCACAUACUUCCAUGGGACAAGUGAUGACUCCCAUGGGGAAAAUCUCCCCGAUGCACGGCGCCAUCUCUCCCAAUAUGGUCCAAAUGGCUCCGAUUGGGCACGUGUCUCCGAACCCGGGGCAUAUGGCGCAGAAUAUCGUGCAACCUCAGCAGCAAUUACCUCAACAAGAUCUGAUGGACGGCGUAAGUGACACGCCGUCCCUGUCCGUCCUGCUGGACGAACGCGGUGAGUUGGGCCAGUUCAACUCUGGAGACCUGUCCGGGCUCGUGUCCAUGCUGGGACGGGGACAGGACCUCAGCGACAGCCUCAACAGACUCUCCACUAACGAGCUGUAUAGGGCCUAA